CUCGAGCUGAAAUUAGUACCAAUAAUGAAUCAAGUCUCGUCACUCAUUGGCGCAAUUAAACACAUCGAAACUAAACAAGCGUAAUUCAUUGUAUUCGCUCGCAACUGAACGCACGUCUUUAUUGCAUACAGGUAUGUAAUGUAUACAAUGAUCAGGGCCCGGAAUUAUAUACAUUUACAUGUUUUAUUUUAGACAAUCCAAAAAGUGGCUGGAUAAGCAACAAGUUUGAAUUAAGGUCAAUAGAACUGAAAUACAAAAUUUUAUUUUGGGUAUAUUUUACAAUUUUUUAACAUUUAAUGCACGAUUUUUCAUCGCAUACAAAUGGUUUUUAAAUGCAUAAUAUGUAAUAUUUUGGUUAUAUUCAUAUUAAUUUCAAAAUAGUAGUAUAAAUAGUAAAAAUAUACAUAACAUAACAUAACGGAAAUCCACUAUAGUUAGGUAGGUGCCUAUAUUAUGUAUAUAUAUUGUAUAUCUGAUGUUUACCACGGCUGUAUGUCUACAGUAAAUCUAUCAAAAGAUUAUACCUACAAGCGUUAACCAAUAUUAUUAUCUCAAUGUUAGUGUUAUUUUUUUAAAUGAUGUUUUACUAUUUUUGGACUAUAGUAUAAUACACCCAUAUAAUAAAUUAUAUAAUUAUAUUAACAUUUAAUAGACAAUUUUGUAUUUUCGGACUUUCUGUCCAACUUUUUUUAAAACGGACUUUUUGAUUGAUUACCCUAAAUCGUACAGUAGUAUACAAUAUGUUUGAUUUGCAGUCACUACACAUAUAGUGUUAACAACUCACAAUAAGAAUAACUAAUCAUGUUUAUGUAUAUUAUUAUUUAUGAGCUCUACUUUUAUACGUAUUCGGUCUAAAUAGUUUAGAAUAAUAAUACUAAUAAACACUACCUACAACUUCAACAUCAGUGACGACUGAAAUGAGAUAACCUUGACAUUUUGUCGACUAUUUCAAGUUUUUUAUCAAAUGUACGAUUUGCCGACUAAUAAAAACAUCUUGGGGGCAGACACCCCCUACCCCCCACGUUCGGAACGCUCCUGCGUACAAUAUGCAGUUUGAUUAUAGAAAAAUUGUAUUAUAGAUAAAACAUUAUAAUUAGGGAUUCGGGGAUAUUUUUGUACAAUUUAUUAUUAUAUGGUCUAGGUCUUAUUAGCGGUGACGCCGCCUAAUGAUCGCAUAAUCGCGUUUUCGCACUCGUAGGCGCAUGGCACAAAUUUAAUUAAUAAUAUUCUGUUAUUUUUCGAAUAGAAACAUGCCUCGGUUGUGACAAAAUUGUGAUACUUGGGCUCGUGCGAUUUUAAUUCUGUAAAAAUCCUAACAUUUCUUAUCAUCUCCUCUAGAGAACGGUCGAGACAUUUUUUAAAAAAAUGAAUUAAUUCAAUAGAUAUGACAUGAACAAAAAUGUUGUAAAAACUGAAAUUUGUAUAACAUUAUAGUAUUGUCGAAAUUUCGAAUCAUAAAAAAGUGCUCCUUUCGUUCUCUAAAGGAGAUAUUAAGAAAUAUUAUUUUUACAGAAUUAAUAUUGGACGAUCCAAAGUCUCACAAUUUUGUCAGACCGGAAAGUCUAAAAACUAUUUUUUCCGAGCUACUAAAACCACCUAAUAUUAUAUUUUAAUUGAAGUUCCUUAAUAUUAUCAUUAAUUAUUAAUUCAUUACAAGUUUUGUUUUAGUAUUAUAUAGAAAAAAGUGUUUAAUAAUAUUUAGAAACCUCUUUUAUUUAUUUUUUAACCGUAAGAAUAUUAUAUUAUUUAUUGGUUUUAUUUUAUUUAUCAUUUCAGAAAUCUUCUAUAAGGAGAGCAUCCAAUCCACCACUCAAUUCUAUACCAGCUGUUAUGUCACCCACACAAGAAUAUACAGUUACAUCACAAGUUGCUCUUACUUAUGGAAGAAAUUCCGGUGAUGUGUCUGCCGAUUUAUUGGUAUCUAUUUAAUUUUCUCAUAACCUUAUUAAAUAACAUUCCAAUAUAUUUAUAUAAUUAUAUUAGUAUUAAUUUUCAAUAAAAAUUAGGCUAGACAUACAUAUUAGGCUAGGAUACAUAUUAUAAUAUACACAACUUUUUAAUUUUAAAUUUAUAAGUAAAUAGCUUUUCAUUGUCAUAAAUACAUUUUUUAGUAUGUGUAGGUAUUAGUAUAUAUAUAGGUUUGCAGACAUUACUGCAAACAUUACUGUCGUAUCAGUUUCGCCGACACAUCCCUUGAAUACUUCCUAUCUUUUGAUAUAAGUCAACAAAUGCAAUCAUUAAAAUAAAGAAAGUUAACGUUUCGUUUGAUUAAGCGGUAUGGUGAACAAUUGAUCAAUAACGACGAACCGUCUGAAGAAAAAGUAUGUUGCCGGGUCAAUCUAGAUUCGAACAAGCCGAUUUUUGAAGAACCAACAAUCAGAAAUGUCAUCAAUUUGAGUGAAUUAGAAAAGUACGAACAAAGAAAAAAUGGGAAAUAUAUGUCAAUAAGUUUGAGUACAUUUCAGUCUAUCAUUAAAAAAAAAGGUAUAGUAUAGGUACACUAACUACACAUACAAUAAAGGAAACCAACUGUUUAGGUUUUAAGGAGUCUCCCAUCAAGAUCAUUUUGAAAUUCCUGGGAACAGACUGCUUUAUUUCAUUUAAAGCGUGCCCGGAGCUCCUCAUUUGAAAGCAUUUUAAUCUUCCUGAGAAUUUCCUAUUUUGGUCCUUAAAUCAAUCCCCCGACUAGUGCUAAAUGUACUAUAUUAUGUAUUAUAUUUUGUAUACCUAUUAAUAAAACUCAAAAAAUAACAAAUAAUUGGUUGGUUGAUGGUAUAAAAUAUAAAAUAAUAAAGUAAAAAAAAAAUUAUUAAAAUGGUUAAUCCUCGUAAAUGAAUAUAUAAAAAAAAAGACGUCCUAGGAUAAUGGAGACGGUUGUAGCCACUGUUAUAGGUAAUUCAAUGUGUAUCUGUAUGCAACGAUAAACCAUU